GCGAUUCUCGCUGCUUUUGUUCCCUACGUCAGUCUUGCGUCAGUGUACGGUACUGAAGAGAAAUGUCGUCGCGUUGGUGGAGGUUUUAGUUUCUUAAAAAUAAAUAAUAGUGUCUGUGUUGUAUAAAUUGAACAUUGAAAAGGCCAAAAGACUUUAAAAUGGCUACGUGUGUGAAUUCAAAAGCUGAGUUCGUGGUUGGUGAAAAAUAUCGUCUAGUGAGGAAAAUCGGUAGUGGUUCUUUUGGAGACAUUUAUUUGGGAAUCAACAUCACAAAUGGCGAGGAAGUGGCUGUAAAGCUAGAGCCAGUCAGAGCAAGGCAUCCACAGCUAUUGUUUGAAAAUAAGCUGUACAAGAUUCUCCAUGGGGGAAUUGGUAUCCCACAUAUUAGCUCUUCCUCAUCGAUUUCGGUCUCGCAAAGAAAUUCCGAGAUUCCCGCACUCGGAUGCACAUUAUUUAUCGGGAAGAUAAAAACCUCACCGGUACCGCACGAUACGCCUCUAUCAAUGCACAUCUAGGAAUUGAACAAAGUCGCAGAGAUGACAUGGAAUCAUUAGGCUACGUCUUGAUGUACUUCAACAGAGGAGCUCUUCCCUGGCAAGGUCUCAAGGCUGCAACUAAGAAGCAAAAAUACGAGAAAAUUAGUGAGAAGAAAAUGUCAACACCCGUUGAGGUGUUAUGUAAGGGCUUCCCUGCCGAGUUUGCUAUGUAUCUGAAUUACUGCCGCGGACUUCGUUUCGAAGAAGCGCCAGACUACAUGUACCUCCGGCAGCUUUUCCGUAUCCUGUUCCGCACCCUCAACCACCAGUACGACUACACAUUCGACUGGACCAUGCUGAAGCAGAAGGCUGCGACCGCUUCCAACGCUGGAGGAUCAUCGGCAGUCAGCGGUAACUUAGGAGUAGCCGGUGCAUCAACAAACGUUGCCGCUGCAGGAAAUCGCUAGGAUAACAGUCAACUAAUUGCCGUGGCAUGUUUAGUUCACCUCAAAUCAUCUUCACAAACUUGACAUGAUCAGCUGCAUCAGAUGAUCCUCUUCCUUCCCCGUUCAUCCAUCAUCAUGUGGUUCUUUGAACGAAGAUAGUUGAGAGAAAGGACAUAUUCAACUGUGGAAGGAGUGUGUCAGUCAAGAACUUCAAUUUCCCUAGUUUUUAAAUAAUAUUGAGUUUCAGAAGACCUUUGCUUUGCCGUAUCUUAGUUUGACAUUUUGUAUAUUACAGAUUAAUCCCUCCAAAAUCUUUCCGUUUCAAUGGACAUAAAAAGCAUGGGACUCUGGUUUCAUAUACAUGAUUUUUGUUUUCAUGUUGAUGUUAAUUAACUUUAAGUUGAGCAUUGUCCCUGUCAUUCAUGUUUAAUGAAUGACGAUUAUUUUUGUUUUCUGAACAUGAAUCAGAUUCUCUAAGAAACUAAUUCAACCACUUAAUUUAUUUUUUAUACGUUUAAGGUGAUUUCAUAUCCGCAUUGAUGUUUCAGUGAGGGUAUAAACACCUUUGUUUUGGAUGUUAGUGUCUUAAAUUCUUAUAAAAUGCUCCCCAUGACCACUCAAAUUUUUUUGAGAUGCUUGCUACAUUCUGAUAAGUAAAGCGACAAAGGCAACACUUUAGGCAUUUGAAUGCAUUGAUUUAUUGCUAUCAACUUCUGGCAAUUCAAUUCAUACUGCUAGAAAUCUGUUGUCGUUUUUAAAACUUGCUUAGAUUUACCGAUUCAUUGAGAAAUAAUCACUUCUUAAGCACACUUCCACAAUGUACAUGUGUCUCUUUUAAAGUAAUAAACUGUCCCUAAAUUGAACAAAGUAAGAAUGUCUAUUCCUGACUCUCUUUAAUUUGACAAUAGUGAGGUAUUCUGAAACAGACUUUUCUUUAUGCGCAAGCUUUCCCAAUUCAGUUUACCAUCCUUUAUUUAAAUCUUUCCAUUAAUUGUUUUCCAUUUUUACCUUUGAUGGAGAGUACAUGGAUUUGCAUAAAAGUUGCAUCCCAUUUUUCUUUGUAGACAAAUAGAUAAACUUCUGCCAUGGAGAUAUUCCCCUACAUGACUGAAUUUACUGCCAAGCUUCAUAUUAUCAUAGUAAUUAGCACAUACAUUACUGUGUUACUGAAUGCUACUUUGUGUUUCUAACAAAGAAAUUCUUUUUACUCCUGACAAACUUAAUUGGAGGAUGCUAUUACCUUAUGUUCUAUUAUGACCUUAAUUAUUAAGUCAUGUCAAUGAACAAGCUCUGCAAUCGACUGCAGUCUCUUUGUACAGUAAAAAUAGCUUGUUAUUUUUAUUUCACUGAAUUUUACUUUACAAUGAGCCAAGUUAAGUUAUUGCUGUACUGUAACUGGAUAAUUGAUGUGCAAUAUCUGUAGGAUGGGCUAAUCUAGAGUGUUCAAACAUGUGGUUUCAACAUUAACUUUGCACUUUGUCCAUUUAUGUGUUUUUUUCUAUGAGUAUUUUUUAUUAUAUAGGUUUUAAUGCACCCUCCAAUCUGGUCAUGAGCAAAUGUUUGCCUUCGACUUCAGUGUCAUGAGGGAGAAAGAUUGCAUUGUGUGAAGCUGGCAAGUCAAUUCCCACCUCUGUACAAAGUUGAGGAUUUAUCUGCUGGAGCUUCAAUCAAUAGACAUGAAACAUUUGCCCAAGGGUCCUGUUCUAUUUAUGAUUUAAUUUCUGUGUGGGUGUGGUGUGAAACACCCGUAUGGGUUGUCCCUGCUUUUGACUUCUCUUUUAAAAAAACAAAACAAACAUGAUAAGUAAUGGAUAAGAACUAAGUGUGGCCUAGAACAGUUAAAGGUAUGACCCGUGAUAGGAGAUUUCCUUUCUGUAUUGGUUGCCCUUAAUAUUUGUUAUAUAAACAGUUAGGUUUGGGGACAGCUAAUGUUUGAGCAAAUUUAGUAGCUGGCUUUUGUAAAUAUCUCACCAUCUCCACUAACUGACAUGGAAAACCAGAUAUCUGCCAUUUGCAGUCUCCUCGCAUGUACCACAAAUUAAAAAUAUCUGUGAGGAAAAGUCAACUAUUGUUCUGUUCUGCUAAUUUGGCUUUUGCCUCUCUCCCACAACAUUGCGAUUUAAUGUUGUUUAUUUGAGGCUAGCAAAACUAUGGCUGUGAUAAACCUGUACUGUGGUUUCCAACAUGAUGCAUCUUUGUCUAGCAAUGUGUCUGGUCUCAAAUCACCAUUAAAUCAUGUUUUAUAUUUCAGAAUGGUGGUCUUUACACUGCUACUGGCUGAAGUGAUCUCCAGUCAUGUUAGCUAAUUUAUCAUGUCAUCAUCCUAGGUUAAGUUUACUUAAAGGCACAUGGCUAGAAAUGUAAUGGCAUCAGAGGAAUGUAUGGUUAGGCUGUUCCAUUUUCAUUUGAUGCUAUUGCCAUUCAAAUCUCUAUGAGCGCUCUUUUUAAUUAGACAAUUGAAAAAGCUCUUUUGAAUGUGUAUAGAGUUUAUCUGGUGUGUUUUGUUAGUGGACUUUGUAAGUAAGCAUCAUCAUUGUAAAUAUUAUGCAUUAAUGUAAGUAUAUACAGUAACUAAUGAGGAGUAGGAAUCAAACUCGUGUUUAGGAUUUUAAUAAAUUACCAAAUUUGAUGGAUGUGUAAUUUUUUUCCCUUUUUGAGACACAGAUAAUUGUUUUUGACUUUUUGUCGUUAAUUGUCCCCUUUCCCUAUGCCCCCCCUUUUUUUAGACCUUUAGCCUUGUUAAUGGUUUUCCCACCCCCCUCCCCAUUUUUUCUUUCUAUCUGUUGAUCAUUGUUUUUUUCCCAUUUAUUGGUCUUAUACUGACGAGACCAGUACUGAUAUCAGGAAGUUAAACAUGUAUAAUGAAUUGUAAUAAAAAAGAAAAUCUUUA